AUGCUCAAAUCCACCUAUAAGCCCUCUCACAGUUCUGGCGAUCUGCCCCCACUACCGCCAGGAUGGACGGAACACAAGGCGGAAAGCGGCCAUACGUACUACUAUAAUGCCUCCACAAAAGAAUCUACCUAUAAGCGGCCCGCCGCCGCGGUCGCCCCCACCCACCACCGCCGGACCCUUUGCCCCAGGAGCCCGUACGAUAAACCGAGAUCCAAAGAAUCGAUACCGGGCUUUGAGCCUUGGAUACUAGUCUCGACAAAGUACGGGCGCCGGUUCGUAUACAAUCCGGAGAAAAAGGCCAGCUACUGGCGCAUACCCGAAAAGCUUAUGCCCGGUAUACUCCAGCUAGACACUGCCCGGAUAGCUGCGAAGUCGGGUGGUAAUAGCAAGGCGAUAGUUCCCGACCAAAACACUGGGAAACAGAGCUCCGGCCCAACGAAUGAUUCCGCAGACGCUGCGGCGCCACAGGUUUCGAAUGAGCUCGAGGAUAGCUCGGAAUAUGAAGAGGUGGAGGUGACGGAUGACGAGGCGGGAGAUUUGGCUGAAGCCGGGGACGAGAUGGACGUUGAACAAGAUGGAGAUGAGCAUCGCGCAAAGCGGCAGAGGACCGAAGAGGUCUAUGAUGAAGAUAUGGGUGGAUUUGACGAAGAUGAGCUCGCUCUCCAGCUCGAGUUGAUGGCGCAAGAGGAGCAAGCCAUGGGAGGGGGGACUAUGGACCUUUUCAAAGAUUUACUCAGUGACUUCAAGAUUAAUCCAUACAGUUCAUGGGACAAGAUUAUCGAAGACGGCAAGAUUAUUGACGACCCACGAUACACCGUCUUGCCAACUACAAAGGCUCGGAAGGAAGCCUGGGAGGAGUGGUCGAGAGCCGGGAUCCGCGAACUCAGGGAGAACAGGACAAAGGAAACAGUGGAAAAGCCGGACCCGCGCGUAACUUAUAUGCUCUUCUUGGAGAAGCAUGCGACGCCCAAGUUGUACUGGCCUGAAUUCAAGCGCAAAUUCAGGAAGGAAGAUUGCAUGAAGGGGUUCGAGUUGACCGAUAAGGAUCGGGAAAAAUGGUAUCGCGAACUGAUCAACAAGCUCAAAGCCCCGCAGUCGAGUCUCAAGUCCGAGUUGACGACGUUUCUUAAGAGCUUACCCCCACCGUCCUAA